AAAAAAAAAUAUUCGUCCUCAUCUUCUCUUCUCGACUUCCCUCUCCCAUUCUGCUCCCAAAUCAAUCCGCACCGCCGCAUCCAAGGGGAGGAGGAAGAUGACGGUGGGCAUGAUCAACGCGAACCCGGUGGUGCACGAGCGGCCGGAGCGCGCCGCGCACCCGCACGCGGCGGACGCGCUCGACCCGCUCGACGUCUUCGAUACGGUGCGGGACAUCAGGGACCCGGAGCACCCGUACUCGCUGGAGCAGCUCAGCGUGCUCUCGCAGGAGUCCAUCUCCGUCGAUGAGAAACUCGGCCGCAUCCAGAUAACCUUCACUCCAACUGUGCAGCACUGCAGUAUGGCCACAGUAAUUGGUCUGUGCCUCCGACUCAAGUUGAUGCAGAACUUCCCUCCACAUUUUAAGAUUGACAUCAAAGUUGCCCCAGGGUCUCUUGCUAAUGAAGAAUCAGGUUUGUGCACUGUAAACAAGCAACUGAACGACAAGGAGAGAGUUGCAGCAGCCUUGGAGAACCCCAACCUACGCCAGUUGGUCGAUGAAUGCUUAUGCUCCAAUGAUCCAUACUCACAUUAACUUGUUCCAUGCUGCUUCUCAAGUCACAACCUGCCUGCUGUACAGUAAUAAUCAUGCAUGCUGUAGUUUGCCCUGUAUGUUCACAUUAUGUUGUACCUGGCAACAUAUAAUUAACUGGCUGAGCCAUCCAUUUUGCUGUUUAAAAUGUAGGCAUCCCAGAAUAUGACUAGAAUUCAUGUGUGCCUGCUUAUGUGACAUUUGCAUUCGAAAGCAAGGGUUGUAUGUUGUAAAAUCCUGAUCUUUGUUGACUAUCUGUACCAUAAGUCAAUUAUGUUCUUGUUAUGUUCGGUU